AUGACUGCCCCCAUUCAUGAAAUCGAAACUCAUCGCUUUGACAAAUGGUGGAAAGAUCUUGGUAUGCGCAAGCUACUAGCAUGGCAGGCUACCAUCCUUAUAUCGCAAAUGACCACUGGUUAUGAUGAAAGUGUGGUGGGAAGUUUCCAGUCCAUGAAGCCCUGGGUCAAAGAUAUGGGAAAUCCAGACUCAUCUAGAAUCGGACUCAUAACAACUAUUGUCUUCGUUGGGGGCUUUGUUGGUGCUCUGAUUGCCUCGCCCACAGUGGACUACUUCGGACGACGAGUAGCCAUGUUUGUUGGAGCAAGCCUGACGUUUUCGGGAUCUGUAAUUCAAACAGCUGCACAAUCAGCUGCACAAUCAGCUGGUAUGUUUAUUGGUGGUCGGUUUUUGAUUGGCGUUGGAAUUACUUUAACAUGUGUUGCUGGCCCCUCGCUGCUCUUCGAACUGGCUCAUCCGGCGACGCGUGGCACAAUAUCUUCUUUGUUCAAUGUACUUUGGUACGUAGGCUCCAUCAUCGCGGCAUGGACAACGUUUGGCACAGGAUAUAUGACUACCAGCUGGUCAUGGCGUAUACCGUCGCUCAUUCAAGGAGUUCCCGCACUUCUCGUCAUGAUGUCCGUUCUUUGCGGUCUCCCCGAAAGUCCGCGAUGGCUUUGUGCAAAACACCGCCCGGAAGAAGCCCAACGACUGCUUGCAAAGUAUCAUAGCAACGGCAACAUGCACUCGGCUCUUGUGAUCCAUGAGAUGGAAGAGAUACAUACCUUGUUGGAGGCUGAGGCGGCCGCCCAAAAGAGUGGUCAAAGUAGCUGGCGCAUUCUCUACCAGUCGCCGGCAAAUUGGAAACGAAUUGCCCUGGUGGCUACUGUUGCCCUCUUGACACUCUGGAACGGCCAGGGACAAACCGCAGGGGCUUUACUAGCGGACCGAAUCGGCAGACGAACUCUCUGGCUGAUCUCAUUCAUCGGCAUGAUUCUCGUCAACAUCCCAUUGACUAUAUGUUCGGCCAUGUAUGCCCAACAUGGAUCCAAGGGAGCCUCGUUUGCUGUCGUUGUAUUUCUUUUUUUCUACGAUGCGGCCUUUAAUCUGGCCAAUAACCCACUUCUUUAUUGCUAUCCGACGGAGCUUCUGCCGUUUGCAAUUCGGGCCAAGGGUUUAAGUAUUCAAGUGGCUAUCUCACAGGCAGCACUUACCGUCAAUCAAUAUGUUAAUCCCAUUGCACUGGAGAGCAUUGGAUAUUACUACUAUAUUUUCUACCUGGGAAUGCUUGUCCUCGGCACUUUGAUCAUAUUUUUCGUGUUUCCGGAAACGAAAGGAAAAACCGAAGUUGAGCUCGCCGCUCUUUUCGAGGAUCCCAAAUUGGAUCACACAGACCCAGUGAUGCUCGAGGGGUUGGAAGCAGCAUCCGAUCACUACCCAAAGCCCUGUGAGAAGAGUGCUGUGGUUACCAAGAAUGGGAUGUCGGAUUCACUGUAA